AUGGCGCAACCGCGAAAUAACCCUUUCGCUAGGACUUCGCCCGGUCCUAGCAGCAGCCGGCCGAAAUCCGCAGUCUUCUCCUCCCCAUCCCCGCUAUCGGCGGUGUCCACGCCCACGUCGCACGCCAGAAACCACUCGACUGCCUCAACAGCUCCCGCAGCACCCGCAGCACCUGUUAUGUUCUCGGGCACCGGCCACUUCCGCCACAACCGCUCGGAUUCGAGGAAUAGUGGCUCCGGAACAUUUGCGCCCUCAUUCAUCAAGACCGAGGAGAUGCGCCGAGGCUCUGACGCGGUCAGAGGCAUCGAGGGAGAGAAUGACUUUUCAGGAAAGCGUUAUGUAUGGCUCAAAGACCCCCAAGUCGCCUUCGUGAGGGGUUGGGUGGUUGAAGAAAUGGAGGGCAGCAAGAUACUCGUCCAGUGUGACGAUGGUACGCAACGAGAGGUAGAUGCUGAAAGCGUUGACAAAGUCAACCCUGCCAAGUUCGACAAGGCAACCGAUAUGGCCGAGUUGACCCAUCUGAACGAGGCAUCUGUGGUCCACAACCUCCAUAUGAGAUACCAAGCGGACCUAAUCUACACCUACUCCGGCCUCUUCUUGGUUACCGUCAACCCCUACUGUCCGCUGCCCAUAUACACGAACGAAUAUAUCAAUAUGUAUAAGGGCAGAAAUAGGGAGGACACAAAACCUCACAUCUACGCCAUGGCCGACCACGCUUUUCGCAACCUGGUGGACGAGGGUGAAAACCAGAGCAUUCUUGUCACUGGCGAGUCUGGUGCUGGCAAAACCGAAAACACCAAGAAGGUCAUCCAGUACCUUGCGGCUGUUGCCCAUUCAGAGUCCCCAGUCAAAAACAAGUCUCAGCAAUCGAACCUGUCUCAACAAAUCCUCCGUGCCAACCCUAUCCUCGAAGCCUUUGGCAACGCCCAAACGGUGCGCAACAAUAACUCGUCGCGAUUCGGAAAAUUCAUCCGUAUUGAGUUCAACCGGGCCGGUGCAAUCUCCGGCGCAUUCAUCGACUGGUACUUGUUGGAGAAGUCUCGCGUCGUGAGGAUCAAUGGACACGAGAGAAACUACCACAUCUUCUACCAGCUCCUCAAGGGCGCGGAUGGGAAACUGAAGCAAGAAUUCCUCCUGGAUGGGCUUGAUGUCGAGGACUUUGCCUAUACACGUGCUGGCCACGACACCAUUGUUGGGGUUUCCGACCGCGAGGAAUGGGACUCAUUGAUGGAAGCCUUCAGUGUGAUGGGAUUUUCAGACAAGGACCAGAACUCGAUCAUCCGAACUAUCGCUGCGGUUUUGCACCUCGGAAACAUCUCCGUUGUCAAAGAAAGCCGUGCUGCAGACCAAGCCCGGUUGGCCCCCGACGCCAAGGAACAAGCUGCCAAGGUGUGCAAGCUGCUCGGUGUACCUCUUGAGCCAUUCUUACAAGGCCUGCUUCAUCCCAGAGUCAAGGCGGGCCGCGAAUGGGUUGAAAAGGUCCAGACCCCCGAACAAGUCCGUCUAGGGCUGGACGCCUUGUCCAAGGGUAUCUACGAAAGGGGGUUUGGCAACCUCGUCACGCGCAUCAAUCGCCAGCUGGAUCGUACGGGUAUGGGGCUAGACGACUCACGCUUCAUCGGUGUCCUCGAUAUUGCCGGUUUCGAAAUCUUCGAGGAGAACAGUUUCGAGCAACUCUGCAUCAACUACACCAACGAGAAGCUUCAGCAAUUCUUCAACCAUCAUAUGUUUGUGCUCGAGCAAGAAGAGUAUGCGCGGGAACAAAUCGAGUGGCAGUUCAUCGACUUCGGUCGCGACCUCCAACCCACGAUCGACCUGAUUGAGCUAUCCAAUCCGAUUGGUAUCUUCUCUUGCUUGGAUGAGGACUGCGUGAUGCCCAAGGCAACCGACAAGUCCUUCACCGAAAAGCUGAACUCUCUGUGGGACAAGAAGUCGAACAAGUAUCGACCCUCCCGGCUAGGCCAAGGCUUCAUCCUCACACACUACGCGGCCGAGGUCGAGUAUUCCACCGACGGAUGGCUGGAGAAGAACAAAGACCCGUUGAAUGAUAACAUCACUCGUCUCCUUGCUUCCUCUACAGAUAAGCACAUUGCCGACCUUUUCGCCGACUGUGCCGAUGUGGAUGAUGACCUUGGAGCCAGCCGCAACAGGGUCAAGAAGGGACUGUUCCGAACCGUCGCUCAGCGCCACAAGGAACAGCUUCACAGCCUGAUGGCUCAACUUCACUCGACUCAUCCACAUUUUGUCCGCUGUAUCCUGCCGAACCACAAGAAGAAACCCAAGCAGUUCAACAAACUGCUCGUUCUCGACCAGCUGCGAUGCAAUGGUGUCCUCGAAGGCAUCCGCAUUGCCCGAACCGGGUUCCCCAAUCGCCUCCCCUUUGCUGAAUUCCGUCAGCGGUACGAAGUGCUUUGCAAAAAUGUUCCAAAGGGCUACCAGGAGGGUCAGGCUGUGGCAGCAAUGAUGCUCGAGAAGCUCGGUUUGGACAGGAGCUUGUACCGCGUAGGUCUUACGAAGGUCUUCUUUCGGGCCGGUGUCCUAGCCGAGCUGGAAGAACAGCGCGACGCCCUUAUCACCGAGAUCAUGUCUCGAUUCCAGUCUGUCGCACGAGGUUACAUCCAGCGACGUGUUGCCUACAAAAGACUAUUCCGGACCGAGGCUACCCGUAUUAUCCAGAAAAACUUCAGCACCUACCUCGAACUUAUGGAAAACCCGUGGUGGCAACUAGUCAGCAAGAUGAAACCCCUCUUGGGAGCCACUCGCAGUGCUACAGAGGUCAAGAAGAGGGAUGCGAUGAUUCGCCAGCUUCAGGAUAAGAUGAGGCAAGAGUCGGACGACCGCCACAGGCUAGAGGAGGACAGACGCAACGUCCACAACGAGAUGGUGCGUAUCCAACAGACCUUGGAGAGUGAGCGCGCACUUGCCCUGGACAAGGAAGAGAUCUUCAAGCGCCUACAGGUGCGAGAAGCGGAACUCGAGGAGAAGCUCUCUGGUGCCAUAGAAGACCAGGAGAGGCUAGAGGACCAACUCGACGACCUGCUGGAGGCCAAGAAAAGGGCCGAGAACGAUGUCGAGAAGUACCGGGCUCAACUGGAGCAGGCGGCCUUGCUCAUUGCAAGACUGGAACAAGAAAAGUCGGAACUCUCCACACGAACUGAGGAGCUGGAGCGCUCCAUCGACGAGAUUUCCAAAAAGCAAUCCGAGCGCAGCGAGCAGGAACGACUGCUCGAGGACGAGAUCAAGAUGCUACAGAGCCAGCUCAAUCUCAAGGAUCGUAAAGCGCGAGACUUGGAGAGCAAGCUUCUCAAGGUAGACCAGGAUCUCGAAGUGAAACUGCGAACAGCACAAAAGGAGCUUCAGUCCUCAAAGUCGAGGGAGUCCCAGCUUGCGCUUGAGAACCGCCAGGUCCAGCAACAACUCUCCGAACUGUCCAAGACCUCGACGGACUACGAAGAUCUCGUGCAGAAGAAGGAGAGCGAGCUGUCCGUUCUGCGGGGCGACAACAAGAAGUAUGAGAUGGAGCGUCAAACCUUUGAGGAACAAAAGAAGUCACUGGUGUCCGAGAAGGAAAACGCAGCAGCCAAACUUCGUGAAGUUCAGGCUGAGAUUACUGCCAUCAAGUCGCAACAGUCACAGCUCGAGAGGGAAGCCGAGGACGCCAAGAAGCUUCUCGAAACCCGCCUCUCCGAGGAUGCCCAAGCAGACGAAAACCGUCAGGUUUUGGAGGCCCAGAUCAAGGACCUCAAGGAUGAGCUCUUCAACAUCCAAAAGGAGCUUAGCAGGGAACGUCAAUCUCGUGAUGAUGUCCUGCUUCUGAGCGAGCACAAAUUCAACGCUUUACAGGAAGAGUACGAUCACCUGAACGAGUCAAAGAUCAUUAUAGAAAAGGAGCUUUACGUUCAGCAAGACAACCUGCGUCGAACCAAAGAAGCCCGCGAUACAGCGGAACGGGAACGCGAUGAAGCACGACAGGAGAUCAGACGCCUUCGUGUCGCUAAGUCUCAAGCUGAAGAAGCCCGCGUGCAGGCCGAGGUCGAAGGCGAACGGGCAGCUUCUCGGGCCGCUCGCGAGAGAGAGGAAAGCCUGCGGAAGGACCUGGAUGCCGCCCAAGAGCGACUGAAAUGGUUUGAAGACGAGUGUGUCAACCUCAAUCGCCAAGUCGAGGAUCUCAACAAGCUCAUUCUUUCUUCUGGCGAGUUCGGGCUCAAGAAUGAUCAGGAGAAGGAGAGGCUUGAGCGAGAGUUGGUUACUGUCAAGGGUCGUCUCACAGCCUCAGAAAACGACAACCGUGCUCUUCUCAACAAGAUCCAGCAAAAGGGGCUCGAAAUUGCCCGUUCUAGUUCCAGAGCGAGCGAAGCCUCCAGGAGUCAAGUGCUGGGCCUGCAACGCGAGAAAGCCCGAGCAGACGAGCAGAACGCCCAGCUGAACAAGCAGCUCGGUGAGGCCCAGUUCACCAUCGCCGGCCUCGAGAAGAAGGUAGAGAAGCUGCAACUCAACCUGGAGGACCUGAACCAUGAGGUAGCCCGGGAAGCUAAGACCUCGAGGAACGCCGAAAAGACGGCGUCGACAGCCGCGGCGCAGUUGGCUGAAGCCAACAGGACCAUCGAGUCUGAACGCCAGCUUCGCACGCAGGCUCAGGCCAAUGCUCGCACUCUGCAAUCAACCAUGGAAGCUAGGGAAAAGGAGUUGCAAGAGUUGAGGGCUCAGAUGCUCAAGGUUCUCAAGACGGUCGAUCCCGAAGUUGUUAUCCCGCCUCAAGCGGACGGCACAAACGAGGGCGCACUCAGCAAGAACUUCGAUCUGGUCAGGAAAGUAGAGGAUCUCCAGCAAAACCUCCGCGUCCAAACCGCCGCGCGGACAAACGCCGAGACCCAGCUGGCCGAUCUCCGCUCUGCUCGGGUCGACUCUCCCAUGAGAGGCAAGCUCGAAGAGAUCAGUCCUAACGAGGCCCCUUUCAAUGGUUCGCCUACAUUCCGACGAUCCAAGUUGCAGACGCGCCAGUACUCCAACAACUCGACUCCGACUCGACGAUUCGAACCGGAACCUCUCGACUCUGCUCGCUCCGAUAAGACUGCGGACAUCCUGAGCUUCAAUAACCGCAUGGAUCUCAAGGCCGAAGUCGAGGAGUUGCAGAACCAGCUUCAGAUUGCCGAAAUGCAGAACCGGCAUCUCCAGAGCCAACUCGAGCGUGGCUCGUCGCCCCUGGAGGAUUUCGACGAGAACUCUUCGGUCCUUCGUGUACAGAAGCUGGAGAAGGUCAACAGUCGCUUGCACGACAUGCUGGACGAUUCAGCCAAGAAGGUGUCGGCUCUGGAGAGAAGCGUUAGGACUGGCGAGUUGUCCCUACGGGAUAUUCAGACUCGUUCGCACGAGGAGAUCCUUGACGCGCUUAACAGCCAAGAAGAGGCGCGGCGCUCACUUCUGCAUAGCCAUAGGGAUGCCAUCUCAGAACUGUCGGACGUCAAGAACCAUUUCGAAAGGAUGCGCCACGACCGGGCUGCCCUCGAAGUCGAACUCCGCGACACCAGGGCUGACCUCGAGGAAAUGACGAUGGCUCACGAGCAGGAAGCCGCCAGCCGGAGCCAGCUUCUACAGGAGUUUUCCGAUCUGCAAAUCCGGCUCGACAACGAAACUUCCAAACUUGCCGACGUUGGGUCCAGCUUGAACCUAUACAAGAGUCGUGCUGAUGAAUACUUCAGUAAAUUGGAACAAGCGGAAAUUGCGGUUCUCAAGGCCAGUCGAGCGGAACAGUUUGCGAGGACGCAAGCCAAAGAAGCCGAGGAGACAUACGCUGAGAUCAUGUCUGAAAGGGAAAAGAUGGACUCCACGAUCGAGGACCUGCAGCGGCAGAACCAGAGACUGGAAGAGAAGCUCGAGGACCUAUCGACCGACCUUGAUGCCGCCACUCAAGCUAAGAAGCGCCUGCAGCACGAGCUCGAGGACUACCGGAACCAGAGAGCCAACGACAUCGAGGACAAGGAAACAAGCAUGGAGCAGACUCGCAAGAAGUACCAGGCCGAGUUCGCCACGCUGACCAAGGAGCUGGAUCUGGCCCGUGAGGAGAAGCUCUUCAAGCAGGCCGAGAUUGCCCGCUUGCGUGAAGAACUUGACGAGCUCCGCUCCAAAUGGGACGAUGAGGUUCUUAACAGCUCGACGUGGUCUAAGGAGAAGGCCCGCCUAGAGUCGACCUUGGCCGACGUUGUGUCCUCGCGCGACGAGGCCGUGAAUGCCCACAGCGAGGCCCAGGGCAAGAUUGUGACCUUAUUGUCGCAAGUUAGAUCCCUCCGCGCGUCGGUAGAUGAGGUUACUUCCGAGCGAGAUUCCCUUGUUCGGGAGAAGCGCAGCAUCGAGGCUCGCCUAGAGGAGGCCAAGGCCGGUCUCGAGGACCUCACAAACGGCGACAGCGCUUCUCUGCGCGAUGCCGCAAACAUUGACAAACAGAUGCUGGAGCUGAAAUCUAGUCUGGCCCAGAAGGAAGACAUUGCCGCAGCUGCGGUGGAGAAGAUGAGACGUGCCGAAGCAUUGGCAUCGGAAAUGCAAAAGGAGGCCAUGGUCGAGCGAGAGGCCAGCUCUCAGCUUCAGAAGGACAAGGCCGCUCUGGAGAAGGCUCUAAACGAGAUUCAGAUCAGGUGCGUUGAUCUCGAAACCAAGGGCUAUUCCAGCGCCAGCCACGACAUCAAGUUUUUGCACAAACGCAUCCAAGAGCUCGAGUCUCAGCUUGAAGAGCACGAGAACGAAAGAAACAAGUCUCAGCGAUCGGUCCGCAACGUUGACCGGAUUGUCAAGGACCUUCAGGGCCAGAUCGACCGCAAGGACAAGCAGAACACGCAGCUGCAGGACGACGUGGCCCGCAUGCGUGACAAGGCCGAAAAGCUUCUGCAAACGAUUGAGGAACUUCAGUCGUCGGAGUCUGAAAACCAGCUCCAAGCACGCCGGGCCGAGCGGGAACUUCGCGAGGAGAAGGAGAGGGCCAUGCGACUCGAGCGUGAGCUUGAAGGCAUCAAGGCGUUGAGAUUCGAAAAGGGAGCGGCGUCUGCCAUGGGGAGCGUACGCGGUGCGUGGCGAGCGGGGUUCAGCGUUGACGACGAAACCGCCUCGAUGAUUUCUGUGCCCAAGCGGAAGAGCAGCCUUAGUCGGGCGCCGAGUCUCACCAAGGGUUUCUUGUAA